ACACAAAUAAACAUCCAGCAUGGGCCCGAAAGCUGCCUCACACCAGGUGUCGCCUAAUAAUACCAGCGGGCAGCGCUACGCCUUUAAGAGCAAGACGAGGAGGAAACCUAAUAGGUCCACAUUUAGAGCGCAAGUCUCCAUGAAUUAGGAGACCAGAAGGGCUGUUUUCCACCUCCAGUUUUCCCCCCCUCUUACUCUUGUGCACUCACACACACAAAAAAAUAAAUAAAACGGGAUUAAAUUACGCACUGCUCCUUUAAGAAGAUCCAACGGGAUUAGAGUUACUCGCAACGAGCCAAUUCGGCGUCCGGUGGCUUCUACGCACACUUCGUUCCCACGGGAGACACUUGUCACACGGUACUGGGUCGGUACCGCCUCAGUCCAGAACGCAACGAGUCAUGGCCGAUACUGGGAAUAGUGGAAAGGGGGUCACCGCCGGGAAACUGGCCAUCACGGUCCAGAAGAGGCUGAGCAGAGCGCAGGAGAAGGUUUUGCAGAAACUCGGCAAAGCGGACGAGACCAGAGAUGUCGUCUUUGAGGAAAUGGUGGCCAACUUCAACAAACAGAUGGGAGAAGGCACCAAGCUGCAGAAGGAUAUGAAAGCGUAUUUGACAGCAGUGAAGACUUUGCACGACGCGUCACGGAGGCUGCAGGACUGCCUGGCUGACAUGUACGAGCCCGAGUGGUUCGGCAAGGAGGAGAUGGAUGCCAUGGUGGAGGACACAGACACACUGUGGUUGGACUUCCAUCAGAAUAUCACCGACAACUCGAUGCUCUCCAUUGAUUCUUACCUGGCUCAGUUCCCUGAAAUCAGGGCCCGAAUUGCAAAGCGGGACCGUAAAAUGGUGGACUUUGACAGCGCCAGGCACCACUUUGCCUCCUUGCAGAAAGGAAAGAAAAAGGAUGAGGCCAAGAUCGCGAAGGCUGAGGAGGAGCUCGGUCGCUCUCAGAAGGUUUUCGAAGAGCUGAACGUGGAAUUGCAAGACCAGCUUCCUGUGCUUUGGGACAGUCGUGUUGGCGUCUAUGUUAACGCAUUCCAGAGUCUGGCGAGUCACCAAGAGAAGUUUCAUAAGGAGAUGAGCAAGCUGAGUCAAAACCUGAAUGACAUCAUGUCCAAACUUGAAGAGCAGAGGCAGCUCAAAAAAGAUGUUGCAGCAGCCAAGGCUGGAGACAACGCAAAGAGUGAGGAAGCCAACCACAACCAGGCAGCCAGCUUGCCACCAGCGUGUGUGCUCACGCAUGUGUUUGGAAGAGGCCCAACCCGCUGCCCAGCCGGCCUCCGCAGCAUGAUGAGCCGCUCGAUGACGACACCUCUGACAUUAACAAAGAGUCCAGAAUUCAGGGUUCUGAAUCCAACAGCUCAGAAUACAAGCUCCCUCCUGGAUUUCUCUACAAGGUCAAAGCCGUCCACGAAUAUGCUUCCACUGAUGGGGAUGAGCUGGAACUCAAUGUUGGAGACAUUGUCCUCGUUUUGGCCUUUGACAACCCCGAUGAGCAAGAUGACGGUUGGCUCAUGGGGGUGCAGGAAUCUCUCUGGAUACGUAAUAAAGAUAUUUCAUCCAAAGGUGUCUUCCCUGAAAACUUCACGCAGAAGCUUUAAAGUUCACAUGGUCGUCCGCAAGGUGCUCACUGAGUUAUUUGGAAUAAAACAUGAAAUGUCAAAUUAUUUAUUUGUGAGUCUUUGACAUUUAUCAAGUGGAGAACUUCUAUAAGAUUGAAGUCAACUGAAGGUAUCUGAUUUGUUACAAGGAAUCUUGAGUCACUUUUUUGGGGGGGAGUUCUCAUUCCUUGUUUUAUAUUUGUGGAGAGUUCACACACAAGCUUUGGUGACAAAUGAACAAGACCGUAAUAAAAAAUAUAUGUGUGGCAGUGGCAUGGAAAGUAAAGCUCACACUUGUGUGAUGCUGAUGUCACCUCACAAGAGUGAGAAUAACUGAGAUUGGCCAAUGAUGGGGGGGGGGGAAAUCUCAUAUAACCUUUUGAUAUUUCGUCUUUAGUUUGAUCAUGUUUUGUCACGUUGAUAUCUUUGCUUCCGUGGAUUGUCUUUCCUUUUUUUAAAGGACAUAAAAUAUUUUGGGCAAUGUUCAAU